ACCUGGGCAGGUGGGGAGUUACGGUUCGGUCGCACCCCGGGGUGAGUGAGAGGCGCCCGGCUGGGGCAGGGGCAGUUUCAUCGCUGUCGCCAACACUAAGGAGUCGCAAUGGCCUCAGCAGAUGAUUUGAAGUUCCAAGAAUUUGAUGAAGCUGCUGACUUACUGGCGGCUGAUCCAGGUGCCACAACAAAGAGCCUGACGGAGGAGAGCCGGCCCCAGCAUGCCACUCUGCACGUGGGCGGGGAUAGUGAAGAGGAGGAGGGCGAAUCAGAUCAAACGGAGCUUUUGGCCUCGCAGAAGAAGACAUCCAGCUUUUGGACCUUUCAGUACUAUCAGGACUUCUUUGACAUAGACACGUACCAGGUUCUGGACAGGAUCCGAGGCUCCAUUCUGCCCAUUCCAGGGAAGAACUUUGUUCGGAACCAUCUGAGAAACAAUCCUGAUUUGUAUGGUCCGUUUUGGAUCUGUACUACACUGGUAAUUACAGUAACGAUCAUGGGCAACCUGGGGACCUACAUGCUCCUACACGACCAAGAGGGCUACCAGUACAGCCCCGAGUUCCACAAGUUGUCGGUGGCCGGAGUGGCCAUAUACAGUUACGCUUGGGCAGUCCCUUUGGGCCUGUGGGGUUUCCUACAGUGGAGGAAAGGGGUGACCCCUGAAGUGAGUUCUUACAGCUUCAUGGAGACUGUGUGCAUUUAUGGCUAUUCACUCUCAGCCUACGUCCCCGCCACGGUCCUCUGUGUGGUACCGCAGGACAUUUUCAGGUGGAUUUUGAUCCUUGUGGCUAUGAGUCUGUCCAGCCUUGUUCUUGUCCUCGCUUUUUGGCCUCAUAUCCGAAGAGACAACAAGGUGGUGGUGAUCUCAUUGAUGGCUAUUAUGGUUGCGCUGCAUGUACUUUUAGCUGUGGGUUGCAAGCUCUAUUUCUUCAGGCAGCCGCAAGUACCCAAUAACAGCAAGCAUGUUGCAGUCACCACGGCCCAGAAGAUUAUAAGUCACGUCACGGCCAAUUAGCUGUCGCGUUCCGGCCUUCCCUAGCGAGAGAGCCAGGCCUGGCCGUUGGCGAGUGAAGGAUUCUGCCCUCCUGACCUGGAUGGAGGGUAUUUAUGCACUGUUAGCCUGUUCUAAGGCCGGUAACUGACCCUGCCCAUUGCUCACCUCAAGGUGUCCCUCUCCCAUAGGGGCAAAGCAAUAGAAACAGAAGGGCUCUCUUUCCCCAUGAGGCUCUUCUCUAUAGUUUUCUGAUUCAUAAAGAUUUCUUCUAUGUUUGGCUAAUAAAGAGUCAUUAUAAGAA